AUGGAUCAAAGGAGCGAGGAGGACUUCUCCAUAACCACGACGUUCUUUUACUUGAAGUUCGUGGGCUUCUGGCUAGUGACCAACAAGUUCGAAGAACGCAUGAAGACGUUGUCGAUUAUCUACACGGUAACCAUGUUGUCUAUCGCUGUGGGGAUCGAGGGCACAGAUCUGUAUUACAGCUUGGACAACUUUGGCGAGGCCAUCUACACCGGAAACAAUGUUAUGACCAUAUCCAUGGUGCUGCUCAAAAUAUUCAUCUCGUACAUACAUAGAAAAAAACUGUUACGUUUAGUGAUAUACGCGAAAACGAAUUUUUGGCACUUGAAUUACGAACCAGAGGAGAUGGAGAUCAUGGACAAUUGCAGACGUACUUGCACCUUCCUCAUUUGCGCUUUCUCCUUCCUCACACAAGGGACGGUUGCCGGCUUUAUAAUGAGCUGUGUGGUGGAGAACAUCGGAAGAAAUGAAUCAGACAGAGUGUUUCCGUUCAACGUGUGGCUGGAUGUGCCAGAAAUUACGUUGACGCCAUAUUUCGAGAUUAUAUCAGCAAUAGAGGUUUUGGCUUUGUGUCACGUUGGCGUGUGUUAUUUGUGCUUCGACAACUUCUUGUGUCUGAUGAAUCUGCACGCUGCGUGCCAGUUCCGUAUAUUGCAGCACAGACUGUCGAAGGUGUAUGUCAUACAUGAGAAGGAGAAGGACCACUUGACAGUGAAAUAUUAUGAUACUCUUCGAGGCUACUUUAAACAGCAUCAAACACUGAUCGCGUACUGCGACAAAUUUGAAGAGGCGUUCAGCGUGAUGGUGCUCGCGCAGGUGCUGCUCUUCAGCUUGUUAAUUUGCUUGGAUGGAUUUCUGGUGCUUAUGGAUGACGCUCCUAACAUGAGGCGCGUCAUAUUUGCGUUCCACCUAAUGUGUUGCAUAUGUCAGCUGCUGAUGUUCACAUACAGUUGCGACUGUUUGAUCCGCGAAAGCUUGGACGUUGCUACCGCAGUGUACAAUAGUCCCUGGACAGUUGUGCCACAUGAUAAUAUGGGGAAGAUGGUACGGAAAGAUCUGGUACUCAUGAUCCUCAGAUCUAGGGUACCCUGCUGCAUAACGGCUAGUGGAUUUUUUGUUGUCUCUCUGGAAACGUACACGAGGGUUUUGAGUACCGCAGUGUCCUACUUCACAUUGUUAAAUCAAUACUGA